AGGCGGCGCUGCUGUCGCUGGCGGCAGCGCUGGGCGGGCAUGCGGCGUUCCGGUGGGCGGGGUGGGUGAAUCAGUCGCAGGGGCUGUCGGUGCAGCAGAGCAAGCCGUGCGUGCCGUUCUGGGAGUUCCUCUCCUGCGACUCGCACGGCCGCGUCUCCAGCAUCAACAUUGCCAAUCCCACUCUAGCAGUCAUCAAUGCAUCGUGGGCCAAUCAGAAGACGCCAGGUGGCUUAAAGGGGUCGAUCCCCUGGGAUUCCCUCACAGCGCUGGAGCACCUGCAGGCCGUUGAUCUGUCGGGCAACUCCAUCUCUGGCCGUCCGUUCACUGCUGCCAUCUCCAAGUUCACUGCGUUGAGAGACAUCCAGCUGGCGCGCAACGCCCUGGAUGCCCCUCUGGUGGGCGAGGUGUCUGCGCUCCUCAACCUGCAGAAGCUCGACCUGAGUGGUAACCGCAUUCCCGGCGCCCUGCCCGCAGGCCUGUCCACCCUGACAGCCCUGGAGGUCCUCUCCCUCGCCUCCAACCAUCUCGCUGACUCCUUUCCUGCAGGCCUCUCCGCACGCACUGCCCUAAAAAGCCUCGAGUUGGGCAGCAACACCUUCAGCGGCCCCCUGCCCGACAGCUGGAGCGCUCUCUCCAACCUGCACCUGCUCGACCUGGCCAGUGCAGGGGUGCUGCACACUCCCUUCCAGUCCACCUACACAGGCACUGCUUGCUCUGCUUCAGGUGCACUGCUUCAGGUGCACUACUUCAGGUGCACUGCUUCAGGUGCACUGCUUCAGGUGCACUACUUCAGGUGCACUGCUUCAAGUGCACUGCUUCAGGUGCACUGCUUCAGGUGCACUCCUUCAGGUGCGCUGCUUCAGGUGCACUGCUUCAGGUGCACUGCUUCAGGUGCACUGCUUCAGGUGCACUGCUUCAGGUGCGCUGCUUCAGGUGCGCUGCUUCAGGUGCACUGCUUCAGGUGCACUGCUUCAGGUGCGCUGCUUCAGGUGCACUGCUUCAGGUGCACUGCUUCAGGUGCACUGCUUCAGGUGCACUGUUUCAGGUGCGCUGCUUCAGGUGCACUGCUUCAGGUGCACUCCUUCAGGUGCGCUGCUUCAGGUGCACUGCUUCAGGUGCACUGCUUCAGGUGCACUGCUUCAGGUGCACUUCUUCAGGUGCACUGCUUCAGGUGCGCUGCUUCAGGUGCACUGCUUCAGGUGCACUGCUUCAGGUGCACUGUUUCAGGUGCACUGCUUCAGGUGCACUGCUUCAGGUGCGCUGCUUCAGGUGCGCUGCUUCAGGUGCGCUGUUUCAGGUGCGCUGCUUCAGGCGCACUGCUUCAGGUGCACUGCUUCAGGUGCACUGCUUCAGGUGCGCUGCUUCAGGUGCACUGCUUCAGGUGCACUGCUUCAGGUGCACUGCUUCAGGUGCACUGCUUCAGGUGCGCUGCUUCAGGUGCGCUGCUUCAGGUGCACUGCUUCAGGUGCACUGCUUCAGGUGCGCUGCUUCAGGUGCUGUGGAAUCCUGCUGAGAUCCCUCAGGGAACCAACGCACCACAGCAGCAACUGCCUGGACCAGGCGCCCUCCCAGCGCCCCACCGACCAGUGCUCGCGCUUCUACUCCAACCUGCCCGCCCUCAUUCAAUCCGGUACCCCCCCUCCCGACCCGCAUGUUAG